AAAAAAAGGGUCCGUUACCGUUCCCCGGUUUAGAGCCGUCGCGGUUCCAUUCGAUGGCUCUCUAUAUACCCAAAGCUCAAAUUCUUCUCCCGCGAAUGCCUCACCUUGCCUCUUCCGCCGCCGCUCAGACGAGGCAAGACAGUCGAACUCUAGGGUUUCUUCGAAGAUCACUGCUUCUCAACCCUCUUUACCACUCCAACCCUCUUCGCAUGGCGGCUGCGAUCGUCCCGCGUGAUUCGGCGAAGUCCGCAGCCGUAGUGAGGAGCUCGCUAAUCGAGCCGGACGGUGGAGAGCUGGUUGAGCUAGUGGUUCAGCCGGAGGAGCGGGCGGCGAAGAGGGCGGAGGCUGCGGCUCUACCGGCGGUGAGGAUCGGGAGGGUGGAUUUGGAGUGGGUGCAUGUGGUGGCGGAGGGAUGGGCGAGUCCUCUGAGGGGGUUUAUGAGGGAGGACGAGUACUUGCAGUGCCUGCAUUUUAAUUCGAUCAGGAUGGCAGAUGGAUCGAUUGUUAACAUGUCGCUGCCAAUCGUUCUAGCUAUCGACGAUUAUACCAAGGAGGCAAUCGGCGUCUCUCCGGAUGUUGCUCUUGUCGGACCCAAUGGAGAUUUUGUAGCCAUCUUGAGAAGCAUUGAAAUAUAUAAACAUAAUAAAGAGGAAAGGAUUGCCAGAACCUGGGGAACAACAGCUCCUGGGUUACCUUAUGUUGAGGAAGUAAUCAGACCAUCUGGAAAUUGGCUGGUUGGGGGAGAUCUUGAAGUGCUGGAGCCUAUCAAGUAUAAUGAUGGUCUUGAUCACUAUAGGCUUUCUCCCCGAGAACUUCGAAAGGAAUUUGAUAGCCGCGAGGCUGAUGCGGUGUUUGCUUUUCAGUUAAGAAAUCCUGUGCAUAAUGGCCACGCAUUGUUAAUGAAUGAUACACGAAGGCGCCUCUUAGAGAUGGGUUAUAAGAAUCCGAUUCUCCUAUUGCAUCCUUUAGGUGGUUUUACGAAGGCAGAUGAUGUCCCCCUGGAUGUUCGGAUGGAGCAGCACAGUAAGGUUCUCGAAGAUGGAGUUCUUGAUCCUGCAACUACAAUUGUGGCAAUAUUCCCAUCGCCUAUGCACUAUGCAGGGCCUACUGAAGUACAGUGGCAUGCGAAGGCUCGGAUAAAUGCAGGCGCUAACUUUUAUAUUGUCGGUCGCGAUCCUGCCGGAAUGACUCAUCCCAUUGAAAAGAGAGAUUUGUAUGAUCCAGACCAUGGGAAAAAGGUUUUAAGCAUGGCUCCAGGCUUAGAGAAACUCAACAUUUUACCUUUCAGGGUUGCUGCAUAUGACACUUCAGUAAACAAGAUGGCAUUUUUUGAUCCUUCAAGAGCUAAAGAGUUCAUAUUCAUCUCUGGUACCAAGAUGCGAGCCUAUGCAAGGAAUGGAGAGAGACCUCCAGAUGGCUUUAUGUGCCCAGGUGGAUGGGAAGUUUUAGUCAACUAUUAUAAAGGCCUGCAAGCAGAAGAAGCAGGACAACAGUCUGCUGCUUUGUCUGUUUAAAGGACUUAACGAAUAGAGUCUCCAGAACAUUUUGAGGUGGAAGGGCACCACAUUUUUCUAUACUUUUGAUAGAGAAUUGACAUAGUAAAUCCGAGUGACGAGAAGCAGCAGCAGCAGCAGCAGCAGCUGGAAACGUUGCAAGCUGGUAUAAACUGCUUUUCUGCUAAUUUUAUAGAUUUUUAUUAUAUUAAGUUGGAUAAGUUUAAUAAA